CAGACUGACAAACAAAUACACACACAAGCAACCCGUGUUAGAUAUUUUUGUGAUGUGCUUUACAGUGAGGCGUGUGGCUAGGUGCCAUUUUGGCACCUUUGUCUCCAUGCUAGGGUGAGCAGCUUUCGUAAAUUGACACCCACUUCUUCAUAUGACAUGUCAUGCGGAGGAGGAUCGUGCAUGUUUGUGGAUUUCAGGGCUCCUCUGUUUACAUCACUCCUGAACUGAGGCCAGUAACACGAGUCUACUCUGACCUGAAAAUUCUGUCCGUUGAAUACUCCCCUUGUCUUUUUCACUCUUAUUUUACAUGUGACUUUUCAUGUAAAUCAAGUGAACUCUGAACUCUGUCUGUGGUGGUAUUAGUAUGUGACUGAGCUGCAGUCUCAGACAACUGGUUUUAAAAAGGCUGACUUAUAACCUUGCUACCGUGGAACUCAGAUCACAGGGCUUUGUAAAAGCAUCUCACUCUUUAGAUUGACGGGUCAACAGCAGCCUUUGCCCAACUAAUAUACUAUGAGUAUCAAUGCCAGGACACCUUUAAAUGUGCAAACCCUAAUCCCCCUCUGAGAUGAUUAUUUUCAGAUGGAAACAAGUAAGGGGUACGGUGGGGGUGGUAAUGUAAGCAGUGUCUUUUGGAUGGCCUUCCCUCGUGCUGGGAGUGGAGACUACAGCCAUUACUCAUGGUGCAGUAAUGUGAAGAAUGUAUUCUUGGCUCCUGUCUUCCAAUCAGUCACUAUAGAAAGGUUUGCAAGUCAAAAAAAGUGGUAGCCAGUCUGCAGGCUGUCUGCACCAUUGCUAUUUACCAGGGAGGGGGUGAUAAUUUAAACUGGAGAGCUCACAUGUUUACCCCAUUGAGCUUGACUGACCUUGCCAUUUGUUUUGGGUUUAAGACGCAUGAGACCACUGACAGUGAAAAGAAGCUGGGAAAGGGAGAGGCUCUCUUAAUAAGCAGCUUACUUCCAGUGUCUGCAGACAGACUGAAAGCAGUCCGGACAAGAGGAGAGAGACUUUCCAAAGGAAAACUGAGUAAGGCAACUCAAUGUAAGAUUUAGACAAGUGCAGCGGAAGACAUUUGGUAGAGUUGAGAAGUAGCCAAGCUGAGUUGACUUUCCACCCCGAGGAGGAGUUGCAGUUGCUGGCCAGGGCAGGUCCCAAGGCUGGCAGGGGCUGGCCCUACUGCUUCUCCACCUCAGUUUCUUUCCUCCUUUUCUACUCUUUCUUAUCCUCCCUUAAGGAAUCGACUGCUGUGCAGUGUUGAAUUUACAGGUAGAGCCUGUAAGGAACCCAGAAAUGCUUGAAUAUUCCUCAAAUGAAGAAAACUCCAGAGGGAUGAGCCUUUUAUAAGAGGACCUCCGUUCCGAACGCUUUUUUAAAUUUUUUUUAUUUUUUUUGCUGCACUCACUGGUUGAGUGCAUUGAGGAGAUUUUUAUAGUUUUCCCCCUCCAUUUUUGUUUUUUAAAACCGUAACACUGGCAACCUUUUCGGUAGCACGGUGCAAGGACCAGCUCCACUCACCCAAGAUGAGCCGCUGGCUGAAAUGCACCUCCAUGCACUUUAACACUGACUGGAACAAGUACGAUGAUCGGCUGAUGAAGGCAGUGGAACGUGGGGAAGUGGACAAGGCGGUUUCUGUUUUAAGCAAGAAGGGUAUCAUCCCAACCAAGCUUGAUGUGGAGGGACGGUCUGCGUUUCAUCUGGCUGCGACACGAGGACACUUGGACUGUCUCAAUCUCAUCCUGUCACACAGUGCUGAUGUCACUGCAACUGAUGCCACUGGUAAAAAUGCUCUUCAUCUGGCUUCCAGAAAUGGACAUUCGCUGUGUGUGCAAAAACUCCUUCAGCAUAACUGUCCAGUUGGAAACGUGGACCUACAAGGAAGAACAGCUCUACAUGAUGCUGUCAUGGCAGGCUGCUCAUCCAGUGUGAAACUUCUCUGUGACAGUGGCGCUUCUGUCAAUGCCAGUGAUUUUGAUGGCAGGACUCCUCUGGUGCUUGCAACCCAAAUGUGUCAUCCACGCAUCUGCCAGCUGCUUUUAGAGCGAGGGGCUGAUAUUGCUGUGCGGGACAAACAAAAAAAAACAGCACUCCUUCUCGGUUGCGAGUAUGGUUGCAAAGAUGCAGUGGAGAUGUUGUUAAAGAGUGGUGCUGAUGUGAAGGACGUUGACAGCUUGGGUCAUGAUGCUUUCCACUACGCUCGCCUCAGCAAGAACCAGGAGCUUGUUACUUUGGUCAAAGGCUACCUCGAGAAAGAAAAAGAGGCAGCAAAAGUAGAACAGUGGAGGAGACAGCAGUCGGUGGAGCGCUCAGACACCAUGGAAGCUAACAGAAGGGAUCAUAUUAUACAUGACCUGGAGAGGCAGAACGAGUCCCUGCAGGAAAGUCUCAGGAAUUACCAUUUAGAGCAGAGGGCCCUAUUAGAGAAGGUCACCCUGUUACAACAACAGCUCACACAGGAAAAGAAGACAGUAGAAGACACUCACAAAGAGAAGGAGCAAUUAAAGGUGUUACUUAGUGCCAACGAACGAGAAGCGGCACGAGGCUUGGAAACUGUCAAGGUCCAGCUCAAAAGCACUAUGGGGGACUACUCUGGACAGUCAGUGAUCAAAGGAAAAGAGAACAUUUUGGUCAAACAAGCUUAUAGCCUGGAUUCAGAUCAGAAACUCCAGAAUCCAGCAAUGUCACGUUUACUGUCCAGACCGUUAGAGAAGGGUCUCUCUGGUGAGCAUGAUGUUCUCCGACAUGAGCUUGAGAUGCUCAGAAGAAGACAACAAGCAACAGAGGAGGAGAGGGUGCGACUUCAUUCGACUUUGAGCCAAAAAAAUCGAGAGUGCCAAGAACUGGUUCAGAACAGAGAUCUCAUCCAGAAACAAGCUGACCAGCAAGUUCAAGAACUCGAGGAUGCCUUGGGGGACGUCCAGAAAAGGAUGAUUGAUUCGGAAUGCAAGGUUAAACAGCUGCAGGCCCAUGUGGUUGCAGUGAAGGAACACUUGGGAGGCCAGGCCACAGAAGAGCUUCGUGCUCAGCUUCAGGAUAUCAAAGCCAAGUAUGAAGGGGCCUCAGCUGAGGUGGGUCGGGUUCGUAAUCGCCUUAAACAGAGUGAGAAGGCAUUGGAGGAGUACAAGAACAGUGAAAGCCAGCUGGCAGCUGAAGCUGAACGGUUAAACGAAGCCCUCGGAGCUGUGACUGCAGAGAGAGAUGAACUUUCCGAAACUGUCCUUGCAAUGGAGACUCAGUUGACGAGAGCCCUGUCUAAGCACGGUAACAUGGUACCAGCCGAGAAAUUUGACAACAUGAAAAACCUACUGACCAAUGCAGUAGAUGAAAAGGAACGGCAGCUUGCUGAGCUAAGAGACGACUAUGAUCGUGUCCUCGAGGAGGUGGCGGCGCUCCAUCAAAAGCUUGAUAAUCCAACCCAGGGAGGAGCAGGGGCAGUGGCCUCUGAGGAACAACAAAGGAUACAGGCUGCCCUGGAAGAGCAGAACAUCUCGCUGAAAAGAAAACUGCAAAAUGUCACUGCAAAAAGCCAGGCACUUAUUCAUGAGAUGGAGGAGAGUGAGGAAGAGCGAGAGAUACUGCAAGAGAAGCUGGAGGAGCUGAAUAGCAGGCUUGAGGCUGACUUCAUACCAAUCAAGGAACACGAGGAAGCUCGAAUGAGCAUGGCAUCAGCUGUGGAGGACCUGGAGGACAAAGUGGUGGAAGCCAAUGAACGUUUUGGCAAAGCAGAGGCACAAGUCCAACUGCUUCACACCGAUAAGCUGUUGCUUCAGGAGAAUAUUAACAAUCUGCAAGAGGCCAGAGAGAAACGGGAGAGUGAAAUAGAAGCCCUGAAGACUCAGAAUGCUGACGUGAUGAAGAAAUUUGAAGCUUUACAGACAAGGUGUGAAGACAGAGACAAGAAGUGUGCGCAACUGACAGCACAGACUCAGACUUUGAAACAGAGCCUAGAGGGAGAAUAUGUUCCUAGACAACAGUAUGAGCAACUGAGGAUAGAGUUAACCUCCACUUUAGCGAGUGUCAAGGCUGAGAACUUAAAUUUGGAGUCCACUGAUAAAGAAUGUAAAGAAGAAUUAAAGAAUGUGAAAGAAGGAAACGCUAAGUUACAGGAAAAGUUGGAAAAGGUACUGUUAGAGAUGAAAAACGAUUAUAUGAGCAUGAAGGAUCACAAAUGUAUCACAGAAAAGAUGGGUGCUGGUGUGGUGUUGGCAGAGAAUAGAGCAAACCAACUGUCAGCAUUGCACGUGUUGGCCAAGGAGGAAAAUGUGAAGUUGACACAAGAAUUGGAAGCUCAAAAGAAGGAACUUGACACUAUAAUGGAGGCUAUUCAGUCCAAGUUCAUCCCACUGACAGUCAGUGAGGAGAAAGAAAACUCCUAUAAUAACCAACUAAAGGAGUUGAAGGUUAAACUGUUAGAAAUGGAGGAUAAGUAUAACAAAGAGAAGUCUGAAAGAGAGAAUAUCAAACUGGGGAAAGAGAAAUUGAAAAUUGAGAUUGAAUCUGUUCAACAAAGACUUGACACUGCUCUUGUCGUGGGUGAGACACGCAAGGGGUAUGAGGAAGAGUAUGAGGCGGUCUCGCUCAAGUUAAGCAGUCUGGAGGAGAAGCACAAUGAGCUAAAUCUUCAGAAAGCUGAGCUUGAAGACCACAAUGCCCUGUGCAAUAGUCAAAUCCAGAAUCUCCAAGAUCGUCUAAAAUCGGAGUUGACUCGGAUUGCGACCUAUGACACCGAGCUCAAGGCCCUUCAUGACGCCAUGCAGCAAGCCCAGGCAGAUUGCAAGAAAGCACGGGAGGCUCAGCAGGUGGAGGCCCAGAAGGUUUGUGCUCUGCAGAAAGAAGUUCAGGAGCUCCACAGAGAACAUAAUUCUCUGCUGCAGCAGCACACCAAGGCCAAUGAAGCCCUGGAGGCUGAAGUCACUGAGCUUCGAAUGGCGCUCCAAGAAGAGGAAGAGAGCAGCGGCCAGAGGGCCGAAGAUGUUUCAACCCUGCAGUCUGAACUUCUUCAAGCCACUCAAGCUCUCGAAGAGCUUCGCUUCAAGGAAGGUCAUAUAACCCAAAUGAAGAAGGAGAAGCAGCAACUCGAGGCUGAAGCUAUCAAUUUGAGCAGGAAGCUGUUGAGCUUAACAGAAGAAUGUAACGCGGUCCAGCAGGAGGUGACUCAGGCAAGGGAGCGUGAAAGCAAGGCCAGGAGGGAGAUGGACGCUGUCCAUGAGAAGGGACAGGCCAUUGAACGAGAAAUUAGGGAGCUGAAAGAACGCUACGAUGAAUCACUCGGCACCAUUGGUGAUCUGCAGAGGAGGAUUCAGAUGUCAUCUCAGCUGACUGAAGCCAAAGACAAGAAGAUCACAGAAUUGCUGAUGGACGUGGAGCGACUGAAGCAAGCACUGAAUGGUUUGUCCCAGCUGGCGUACACAAGCAACGCCCCAAAUAAAAGGCAGACGCAGCACAUGGACACCCUCCAAGCCCAAAUCAAGAACCUACAGCAACAGCUGGCUGAUGCUGAGAGGCAACACAGGGAGGUGGUUUCCAUUUAUCGAACUCACCUCCUCAGUGCAGCGCAGGGCCACAUGGAUGAGGAUGUCCAAGCUGCCUUGCUCCAGAUCAUCCGCAUGAGACAAGAGUUUGUGUGCUAACACUUUCUCCAGCAUAAUGUGAUGCUGCAGACUCAAAUUCACCAUUCCCACUCCCCCACGGCACUGUCAUGCUUCACACUGCAUAAUGUCCUCCAGAUGAUAGUUCUCCAAAUGGCCUGUUAUUAAAUCAUCUUUCAUGUGUAGUAUAGCUGCACAUUGGCGCCCAAGUCAGCGUGAAUGUUUUGCCUGAUUAACUAGCAUUUACAGAUGUCUCCUACUAAUAGUUAACAGGGGUACACACACAGCCAUUGUUAGCAUUUUAAAGGAUUUUUCUUAAAGUGUGACUUGACGCAUGACUCGGAAAAAAAAUCAUCGGCCAGUGUGUACUUACUCCUCAUGUUGUGUGUUGUGUACUCAAGAUGACCAGUGCAAUAUAGCAAUAUAGCAAUAUAGCACAUGGCUCUGCACCAAAUCCAGAUGUCUGUUGCAGUGCCGAGACUAACCUGUGAGAGGCAGCAUGGUGCCACUGGGCAUCUAGACUGCCAGAAAAUACAGAGAGUAGCAGUAGAAGAAAUAGAAGACGCUGAAACACACCCCACGUCGCAGAAUAAUGGAUACAUCAGACAAUCAGGCCUUUGUGGACUUAAAAUUGGAAGAGGGGAAAAAAAUCCUUAAGUAGGAUUAGGCCUGAUUAUCUGUAUGAGCUACCUUAACAUUAAAACAGCACAAGAUUAGUUCAAGAUGGCCACCAUGAAAAGGAACUAAAGUGACAUAAUUUGAUGAAAUAAAUUUGAGAUAGAUUCUAUCUUUAAUUCCGCCAACACGUGAUCACUUCUCACAUACCUUCUUUGCACUGUGCUCUCAACUGGAAUUUGAAUGAUUCACGGUGGAAAAUACAGAUGCAUAUAUUCAAAUUGCGUUUGUAGGUUGGAGCCUCGUAGCUCAAUAGCUGCGUGUGUCUCCUUGACCAGCAUUGUUGCUUAGACAAGCCUCCGUGACAAAAAAUGUUUUGGAAGUAAGAAUGCCAAAGCCUUGUGGGUUUCCAUUUUGCACUGAGAAAAUACACAAUUGGAACAGAGAGGAAAGGGAGACGCCUACCAUCACCUGAUAGCCAUUUCUUGGAAACAAAUUGGGUUGGCUGCUUAAGGUUUUUUUCUGACAUAAUAACAGCAAAGACAUCAUCCAAAACCUGAAAAUGGCUGGGCUACUGGGUUCAUUUAGCAAUAACAGUGGUUUGUUGUUGUGGGUAAAGCUGUAUUUGAGUCGUGGAGCCGAGUGUGUGAGAAAGGAGCUUUCUUGCUGUGUCCUUCAGUUUUUGCGGUGGCUGGUCGUCUCCUUGUUGAAACCUGAGUGCCCCCUAGUGGUAAGACUUGGCAGGCCAAGUUAAUAGAACUUGAACUUCAGUGGGGAGGGGUGGGCACACUUGUUGGCUUUGGAAGCUGCUUGUAUGAGACACCUUAAAAAUUGUCAAGAAAAAAAAUCUAAAAUGAAAACUAUCGCAGCUCCCCCAGGACAACGGGUACGCACCCUCCCUCCCCCCGAAGUGGCUGUGUGCCCCCCCCCCCCCCCUCUGGAUUGUCGGGUGUUGUGAUUGUUGAGCGAGUCUCUUGUGCCUUUUCACUGACUUUUUCAUUGCUUUGUACUACUUUGAUGUCUUUACUAAAGUGUGACAGUUGCAACGUUCAGCAGGUCUGGAAGUAGAAAGGCACAACGCGAGUGCUGUAUAGGAAGACAUUCUAUAAGAAUGGGGAAAAAAAUCCAUGAAAUGAUGCCAUUAGUUAACCUCUUAAAAAUGUGUUAUUUGAAGCACUCCUGUCUUUUCUUGUGCCCUUAAUACCCUUAACAAGUUACUCACUCUGUUUUUAUACUUUGGCCAAAUUUCUUCAGAUUUUUAGGCUGAAAUUUUACCCCUUCGACCAUCAACCAAUACUACGUUAAAUCUGUUAAUACAAAUAUUUGUGUUUGUGAGUCAGUAUGACUAAAUCAAUAAAAGUGCCUAACAUAGAAACUA